AUGUUUGCUAAGGAGAUGGAGGGCAAGGAAAAGCCUCCGCUUGUUAAAUCCAUGACAACUGCAGGGACCUUCUUUUUGCUGCGGCAGCAGCAGCAACAGCAGCAGCAACAGCAGCAGCAGCAGCAACAGCCCGUUGCUCAACAGAGCGGUUCCCCUGAGUACUGGCAAGCUGGCAGCAGCAGCAGCAGAAGCAGCAGCAGCCACUACCGCCGCAGGUUUGUGAAGAUGAAUGACGAGGUGCUUUUAAGCGACGGCGUUCGUGUGUCUGUCCCCGUUUCUGUAUCAAACUCCCCUUUCUCCGAUUUGCAGCAGCUGCAGCUGCAGCAGCAGCAGCAGCAGCAGCAGCAAAUACGGAUGGAAAGGGUUGUGAAUGCGGCUGGAAGUGCAGCAGGAGCAGGCAGCGACUUUUUUGACUUAUAUAAAAAGCACAGAAAUAAAGAAAUGAAGAGACUUGAGGCGAUGGAGGAGGAGUUUAAAAAAAAGGUUUUAGAAGAAGAGCAUUUAAUUGUCAGAGAGCAGAGACGCAGAGAAGCGGAGCAGAAAACAGAGAAAAAUAAAAAAAAGAGACAAAGAAAGAAAAUGGCGUUGAAAGCUGCACAGCAAAACAAGAAAGCAAAGCAUACCUCAACUGAUCCUGCUGCUGCUGCUGCUGCUGCUGCUGCUGCUGGAGGUAGGGAAGACACAGAGGGAGAGGAGUCGCAGCCGGGCAUUAGCUCCUCUCCUGCAGCUGCAGCAGCUGCUGCUGCUGCUACUCCUUCUCCCUUGCCUGCUAGCAGCGCAGGGACGCCUGCAACUGUCAGCAGCAGCAGCAGCAGCAGCAGAGGCAGCAGCAGCAGCAGCAAUACCCAAUUCUCUGUUGCGGCUUCUCCAGCAGUCGGCAACGCCAGCGGUGUUGCACCUUCACCGUUUGCUGCUGCUGCUGCUGCUGCUGCUGCGGCCGCUGAGUCGGAAUCCGAGGGCGAAGACCCCGCCACUCUGCCAAUGAAGCCGCAAGUCUUCAUUCGAGAUGAAGAAUAA